AUGCCUAGAAACGACCGCAACAAUAAAGAUGUCAAACGAGAAAGGAAAAGGAAAGUUAACAUAGAAUCAAAGGGAACAGUUACAGUAAUCAACGGAGGACAAGAGAAAGUUCAACGUAAACCGCCAGUAAAACCACCGGUCAAGUCACCGGUGAAGCAGCAAACAAAGCCAGUAAAAAAUCCAGGUGGUCGGGGCCUUGGGAAAGCAGGAGCUAGACGUUUGGGUCAGCUAUUGAAGCGUGCAAUCCAAGAGAAGAAGAAUGUUACAGGAAACGAAAAAGUGCCUUUGCCAAGUGAGUGAUCUAGCUAGCUACUUUAGCGUCUGCAAUAUUUGCUUGCUCAUAUUGUGAGAGGGUGUGGGGUUGGGGGAACAGGAUGGCGUCUGUCAACUGGACACCUAGCUGUUACGCGAAGAGAUCGGAACAUUUUGACGAGGUCGCUAGGUUUUGGGUCAAGGUUGCUACACUACCCCCAUCCUUCAGAGGGCGCAUUGUUGUGCAUCACUCUUGCCACUCUUGAUGACCGCAACCAGGGGGUAGUCAUAAAUGGGGCUUGAACCCAACACUUUAUCUGGUGCGCCAAGAUAUCCAAACCUCUUGACCAGGUCGCUAGGUGUUGGGUUAAGGUCGCUACAAUAUCUUCAUGAUUUUCAAAAAGCAAUUUAGAAGUAAGUAUGUGAUGUUUAUGUCAAUUAAAAUAUUUCAUAACCAUUGAGUGUGUCAUCUCAAUCUGUAUCCAGCGACCCCAGUUCGCCUGUUCAAGUACCAGACACAGGCAGAGGCUGCAUCUGCACCCAAAACCAACGAUGCAAGGCGUGUGGCUACCCGGGUCUCCCAGCUCAUCCUUCGGGUAAUCUCCCAGUGCAAGCACCGGGGUGGCAUCUCCAUGGUGGACCUCAAGCAUGCCCUGGCUGCUGGUGGCUAUGAUGUCACCAAGAACAACACCCGUGUGAACUUAGCAGUGAAAGGCCUGGUGAGGAAGGAGACACUGGUGCAGACUACUGGAGCUGGUGCAUCUGGGUCAUUUAAACUCAACAAAAAGGUAACUGUUUGAAUAAUACAUUUGUCAAUGGUGGUUUGUGUUUUAGCUCCUUGGCAGUUUAAUUUUCCACUGGCUCAUUUCAACUGAGUAGGAAGCAAAUUGCACCACGGUGCAUAAUUCACUGUCAAACCACAACCAGUUAUUUGGGAAUUUUGAAUUAUGCAGAUGUUUCUCUCUCGUCUCCUGUUCUAAUACCACAGAAACUGACGUAUGAGAAGAGAGUUAAGACAAGAGCCAUGAGAGACCGUGCAGCAGUCGAGAGGGCCAAGCAAAAAAAAACGACUAAACCAACAGGAAAAGCAGUGAAACCACCAGGAAAAACUAAACCAGCAGGAAAAGCGGUGAAACCACCAGGAAAAACUAAACCAGCAGGACAAGCAUCAAAAUCACCAGCCAAUGUCCAAAAAACAGGCUGCAAAGCCCCUAAACCUGCAGGAAAGGCCUUGAAAGCAGCCAAUCAGAAAACUCGCAAAAUGGUUGUAACCCCCAAUACAAAGCCACAGAUAAAGCGACCUAGGGUUGCCAAAAGACGUGCUUCCUUGUGGAAAUGGACCGAGAGUAUGGACUAA